ACUCCCUCCUUUCGCCGCUUCACUCUCCAGUCCAGCGGGUGGCGCUAAAACACAUACGUCUGUUUGACAAACACCAUUAAAGCUCAGAGGAAGAAGUUCAGUUUCACCGCGCACUCUGUUGUUUUGUCGUGAUGCUGGUUUAAUACAAACUGUUAGAAAUGUUUCUGUAAAUAGAGAAAUACAGUUUUUGAAAGAGGUCGGUAAAUACCUUUAAUCUUCUCAUUCUCCCAAUCGUGACUAAGUUUUGAAGCAAGCAGGAAUAUCUGGAGGAGUAUCAUCUGAACUGAGAUCGGCUGCUGCUAAGAUGGAGUAUGUUAAAGAAGAGAGUGAAGAGAACACGAGUGAACCAGAAACCUGGAGAAUAAAACACGAGGAACCAGAAACCCGGAGAAUAAAACACGAGAAACCAGAAACAUGGAGAAUAAAACAUGAGGAACAAGGAGGACUGAUGAAAAUGAAAGAAGAAAGACAAGAUCUGAAAGAGGUGGAGGAGAAAUAUCAGCAUCAGAAAGAUCAUGAUGUCAAUGAAGAAAAAUCUGCAUUGAGUUGCAGCAUUAAAAAAACAGAAGUCAAAAGGCCUUUCAGCUGCUCUCAGUGUGGAAACACUUUCAGAUGUAACAUAAAUCUUAGGGAUCACAUGUUAAUUCAUGCUGGAAUAAAGCCUUUCAGCUGCUCUCAGUGUGGAAAGAGUUUUACAAAGAAAGCAGGCUUAAAGGGUCACAUGUUAAUUCAUGCUGGAGUAAAGCCUUUCAGCUGCUCUCAGUGUGGAAAGAGUUUUACAAAGAAAUCAAACCUUAAUAGUCACAUGUUAAUUCAUGCUGGGAUACAGUCUUUCUCCUGCUCUCAGUGUGGAAAGAGUUACACACAGAAAGGAGACCUUAAUAAGCAUUUGGUAACACACUCUUCAGAAAAUCCUUUCAGCUGCUCUCAGUGUGGAAACACUUUCACGUAUAAAGCAAACCUUAAGAAGCACAUGUUAAUUCAUGCUGGGAUAAAGUCUUUCAGCUGCUCUCAGUGUGGAAAGAGUUUUACACUGAAAUCAAGCCUUAAUAGGCAUAUGUUAAUUCAUGCUGGGAUAAAGCCUUUCAGCUGCUCUGAGUGUGGAAAGAGUUUUACACUGAAAGAACAACUUAAGAGUCAUUUGGUAAGUCACACUUCAGAAAAAUCUUUCAGCUGCUCUCAGUGUGGAAACACUUUCACGUGUAAAGCAAGCCUUAAGGAUCACAUGUUAAUUCAUGCUGGGAUAAAGUCUUUCAUCUGCUCUCAGUGUGGAAAGAGUUUUACACUGAAAGGACAACUUAAGAGUCAUUUGGUAACUCACACUUCAGAAAAACCUUUCAGGUGCUCUCAGUGUGGGAAGAGUUUUAGAUGGAAAUCAAGCCUUAAUGGGCACAUGUUAAUUCAUGCUGGGAUAAAGCCUUUCAGCUGCUCUCAGUGUGGAAAGAGUUUUACGUGGAAAGGACAACUUAAGAGUCAUUUGGUAACUCACUCUUCAUAAAAGCCUUUCACCUGCUCUCAGUGUGGAAAGUCUUUGUCACAUAAAGGAUAUCUUGAGAAUCACAUGUUAAAAGGGUCAUUGAAUGCUCAUUUUCCACAAGUUUAUAUGAUUCUUUAGGGCAUGGGUCACCAAACUAAGGCCCGCGGGCCGACUCAGGCCCGCCACCCCCGUUUGACCGGCCCCCCAGCACCUCUGCCCCCCACUACUUAAACCGGCCCUAUGAGGCAAUCCCCAAAAGUCGUCAUGGCCUAUUUUUUUAAUUGCUUUUUGGAAAAUAAUAACAUGUCUGCAUCUGGUAUUUUGUUGAUUUUGUCAGUUAAAAAAUUGUAUUUAGUUAUAAAAUAAACUAUAAUAUUUGCUGAAUUUUCGUCACCCGACAUGCUCGAGAUCAAUCAGUGACAGACAGUCCACAUGCGCAACUGUCAAUGUACAGGACAGCAAAAUGGCUAGUGUUAAACGAAAAGUUGAUAGUGUAGAGUUUUCAAAGAACAGUGGACCAACGAUCAUUUUUUUGUUCAGUGUAAGGACCGUGCAGUUUGUAUUAUAUGUAAAGAAAGUGUGGCGGUUUUCAAAGAAUAUAAUCUGCGUCAUCACCACGAAACCCGCCACAAAGAGUAUACUAGCCAGGGAGGGCAAGCAAGAGAAGACAGGAUUCGGAGGAUGAAAGGCGGACUGGCUGCAUAACGGAAUGUAUUCCUUCGCCAAACUCAGGUCAACCAGGCUGCUGUCCGAGCUAGCUAUAAGGUAGCUCACCUACUAGCUACCCAUGGAAAGCUGUUCACUGAUAGGGACUUUGUUAAAUAAUGCACGCUUGCUGUGGCCGAGGAGGUGUGUCCCGACAAGAAGGAUGCGCUCAACGUGGUGAGUCUCUCCGCAACUACUAUGACCAGGCGAAUCGAAGAUUUGGGGGACAACGUGUAUGACCAGCUAAAUAAGAAAGCAUCAGAAUGCGAGUUUUUUGCUUUGGCCAUGGAUGAGAGCAAUGACGUGCAGGACACAGCACAGCUGCUCAUUUUUAUUUGUGGAGUUAGCGCAAGCUUUGAAGUGUCUGAGGAGCUGGCAGCUCUAAAAAGUCUCAAGUGUGCAAAACAAUAGAAGAGUUGGAUCUAAACUUGUCUAAAUUUGCCAGCAUCACUACGGAUGGCGCACCUAGUAUGGUUGGCACAAUAAGUGAGCUAGUAGGGAGCUUAAACAGCGAAUUCGUGGAACGAGGUCUCACCCCCCCACUACAAGUCCACUGUCUGAUUCACCAGCAAGCACUAUGCUGCAAAGUUUUGAAGUGGGCGUCUGUCAUGAAGGUGGUUGUGCACUGUGUCAACUACAUCCGAAAACAUGGGCGGAAACACAGACAGUUCCAGGCCUUUCUCUCCGGCUUGAGUCUGCCUAUGAGGAUGUGCUGUACUACACAGAAGUACGAUGGUUAAGCCGAGGCAGAGCAUUGCGCCGUUUCUUUGACCUGCUACCCGAAAUCAACACCUUCCUGCAGUCUAAAGGUGAAACAGUACGAGAGCUGACCGAGCCAGAAUGGAAAUGGGAUCUCGCGUUUUUAACUGAUGUGACUGAAAUGUUGAACCACCUUAACGUGCAGCUCCAAGGCAAAGGGAAGCUAAUCAGUGACAUGUACUCCCACAUCAAAGCGUUCGAGGUCAGACUAGUGCUACUUGUGCGAAAGGUCCAAAAGCUGGACUUUAUGCAUCUCUCUGCCAUCCAAAGUUACUGCGCUGAGGAACUAUCUGUCCCGUUUCUAGUCGAAAAGUGCAAGGAUGCGCUGGAAAUGCUGCAGGGAGAGUUCAGUGUGCGGUUCCGUGAGCUUCAUGUCAACGGUAAAGGAAUACGCUUGUUCCAGAACCCCUUUGCUGCCGACAUAAAUGAUGCCCUUCCCUCUCUUCAGUUUGAACUAGCCGAGUUUCAGAAUUGUGAUAUCCUUAAAGACGCGUUCAAGCCUCACAGUCUCAUUUGAGUUAUAUGCUACGCUCCCAGAGGAAACCUACCCAAACAUCAAACAGCAUGCAAUGAAGAUGUCCACAGUUUUUGGCAGCACCUACAUCUGUGAGGAAACCUUUUCCCGCAUGAAGCAAACCAAGAAUCCAACAAGGAACAGACUCACAGAUGAACACUUGCAUCAGACCCUGAGACUGGCUACCACUAGUCUGCGACCAGACAUUGAACUUCUUACCAGCCAGAAGCAAGAACACAGUUCACACUGAUACGGGCUCCAGAAGGCACCCUGAAGUGAGGAGAGGAAAUUGCUGUUCCUGACCCCAUCCCAAAGACAGCACAAUUCAUCAACAACUACAAAUCCAGCUCACCUACAUAUACUACUGAUUUUGAUUCCCAUUAUUCUGUAUUAUUGUUGUGCUUUAGUUUUAAGCCUACUGCUCAUUUCAUUUUCAUCUUGACCUAAAACUGUUUACUGAACAUGCUUACCUGUAUAGGCAUAAGAGCUGGCUAGUUGUUCUAUUACUCAUGUUAAUUGUUCUAUUACUCAUGUAUAAAUUCAGUGUUUUUUAAAUUAAUUAAUUUUAUAGGCCUGUUUAUUUGACCUUUAUUAAGUGCUGCACACAAUUAUUAUUAAUAUUAUUAGUAAUAUCAACAGACCUACCUAUAAUUUAAAUUUUUCGUUCACCUUUGCCAGUGUCAAUCACCUCAACUAGGCAGAUGUUUCUUACCUUGACAGCUUUGAUGUUAUUUUUAUUAGAAAAUAAAUAAAUGGAAUAUCUGUGGUAUUUCAAAUUUAAACAAAGUGUAAAGACUUGAUUUCUACUUUUGCAAACCACUAGUAAAGAUAAACAAAUAUGUGCCAGGAAUCAAGUGUUGAUAUAGAUGUGUAGAUAUAGUAGUGGGGAUGGCUGUGCCAGGCUAGUAAUCUCUACUACACAAUGAGGCCUGCUGGUGGUCACUUUGGUCUGGGUCAUACAAUUCUAUGUUAUAUAGCUGGCCCAGCCUGGCCCUCCCAUCACAGUCAGGAACGAUAAUGUGGCCCCCAGAGAAAAAAGUUUGGUGACCCCCGCUUUAGGGUCUUAAAGGGGUCAUAUGAUGCGAUUUAAAUUUUUCCUUUCUCUUUGGAGUGUUACAAGCUCUUGGUGCAUAUAGAAAAUCUGUAAAGUUGCAAAGACUAAAGAUAUAUUCUUUAUAAAAGUUAAGGGUUAACCACACCCCUUUAAAUGGCUCGUUCGACCACACCCCCACAUCUUUAUGUCUCUAUGUGGGAAGAAUUGCAUAACACCGCCCAAAUGUUCACACAAAGAUAGAAGGCAUAAAUUUUAUUCUCUCUGUUGCCGCAGCUGCCAUGUUGUGGAGUUGCUGUGUUUCGUUGAAGUGAAACUUUGUUUGGC